AAAAAAAAAAAACGACGAAAUAUUGGCUUCCCCGAGUUUGCGGAAAUCGUCCCUGACCUGAUAGAUGUCGGCAAACACUUAAAAUUGCUUUAUUUUCUGUGGCUUUUUAAAUUUGUUUAUAAGAAACUUCCUUUCUCCAAUAACACAAAAUACAAUACAUUUUGAGGAACCCUAAUCCUCUUUCGUGCGAUUGCCUCUGUGACGCACUUCCCGUCCGGCCAAGUUCACUUACAUCGUCUCUCGCUAGCCGCCGCCACGCCCUUCACCUUCGCACAUACAGAAAACAAUAACAAUCGUGGGAUCACGGUUACACCAUUGGAUUCCGGUAGUUUUUUUUUUUUUUUUUUUAACAUUGUGUAACUGGUAAAUAGAUUUUAGGGUCGAACCGGCCGAAUCAAAUCUCAAGAGUAGGGAUUCUAAUGAUCUACAAUAGAAUCCGGUACAAUUAUGCAAGCAUAAUAUUGAAUGAGAGAGUUUGAGAUAAGAAGAUAAUUUGUUGAAUAUUGAUUGAUUCUUAAAUGAGAUACAACACCAUAAAGGCUAAAAAGGUGGUGGUGGGAUAGAGAGGCUGCUUGAAGAGUCUCCAUCUAUAUCCGGCAAGAGGGAGAAGCUGAGCAGGAGUGUCAAAGUUCUUAGAGAAAGUAAGGACACAUUUGCUAGAAUUAUGGACAGGAUUUGAAUCUAUGAUUAGAACAAGUUUUGCUCAAGGUUUUUGAUGAUAGUUGAAUUGAAAGAAAUUCCUUAUAGAGUGAAGGAGAUUAAAAAAAAGAGAGAGAAAGAAAAAGGAAGUGCUUUUGGGCCCAACCCAUACCACCUGCUUGUGUGUCUGUAUUUUGUGAUUAUAGGUGAGAAAUCGGGAGGGAUUGGUUGGAUAGUGGGUGUGCACCACCGCACAUAAUAAAUUAUUAUUAUUAUUACAAUGGGUUCAGAGAUCAAUGUCCGUGACUUGUCCAUCUCGAAGAAUGAUCGCGCUUCAAUGCCUUCCCAUUCCAGACUACUUACUUUGCCCACCAUUUUGACUCUUGGCCGUGUCGCAUCUAUUCCUCUUCUUGUUGCCACCUUCUACAUGGAUGGUUGGCAAGGAACAGCUGUUACCACAAGUAUUUUCACUGCUGCAGCAGUUACAGAUUGGCUUGAUGGCUAUAUUGCUCGCAAGAUGAAACUAAAAUCUUCAUUUGGUGCUUUUUUAGAUCCAGUAGCUGACAAGCUUAUGGUUGCUGCCACGUUGAUCUUAUUAUGUACUAGACCUUUGAAAGUUCCUUCAUUGGCACAAGUGCCGUGGCUCUUGAUUGUACCUUCAAUCACCAUAAUUGGUAGAGAGAUAACCAUGUCAGCUCUCAGAGAAUGGGCUGCUUCCCAGGGUAGUAAAGUUUUAGAGGCUGUUGCGGUUAAUAAUUUGGGGAAAUGGAAAACAGCAACACAGAUGACAGCAUUAACUGUUCUCCUUGCUACCCGUGACUGCAGUCAUGGAGGACCUGCCAUUUUGGUAGGCUCUGGUGUUUUAUUGCUUUAUAUUGCGGCAGGGCUUGCCAUAUGGUCGUUUGUAGUAUAUAUGAGGAAAAUAUGGAAGGCGUUACUGAGGUAACAUGGUCAAUGGAUCUCUGGCUUCACAUAUAUUCACUUUUUUUUAUGGGUUUGGUUCUUAUGAAUCAUGACCAUUAUUAUUUCUUGCAAAAAAUAGUUUAGUCGGUGAUACCAUGGAAGGGAGAUGCAGUUCUCAAUUUUCAUGACAUAUAUUUGUAAUAUUUACUGUCUGCAUUGUCUAACUCCGCAAUGCACUAUUCGUCCCAUUUAUGAAAAAUGUAUGCACAAUUGUUUCCUUAGUUACUCAAGGUAAAGGAAAGGAAAAAGCAAAAAAUGGCAGGAAGAUUAAAUUGGAAGAAAACAAUUGAAUUCUCAUUAUGGAUCUUUUGAACGUUUGCCAGCUGAAA